CCUACGUGGAACUUGAGACGACCACAACCUACAACUACCAGUCCCUUCACCAACAGGGUGUGGAGUUAACGCCUGGAGUCACGUCGUUCAAGUUCAAGGUCCGUGCGUCAAACGAUGCUCACGUGGCCCUGCUCCAGGAAGAUGGAGUAACCAAUCGGAACAUAUACGAGAUUGUGAUUGGCGGAUGGAGAAACACCCAAUCAGUGAUCAGAACAGGCAUGCAGCACGCCAACAGGGUGACAGCUCGCCACCGACCUCUGAGUGCAACUCAGUUCCGUGAUUUCUGGAUUUCUUGGGAUAGCGGUGUGAUCUCUGUUGGAACUGGGACGGCUGUUGGAGCUGGGAGGUUCAUGUCGUGGAGAGACCCCUCCCCUCACCCGUCAGGUACAUCGCUGUAUCUACUGGAUGGGGGUCAAUGGGUGUGUGGAGGUUUGAGCCCAACGUUCCACCAGCUUGUCUGGAAACGGGUAACGACUACCACUACCAUUCCCUCGAGAAUCUCGGUUUUCACCUCAACGGACAAACCUCCUUCACCUUCUGGGUAAAGACCACUAAUGACGCUCACAUCGCGUUGCUUAGCAACAGAGACAACUACGAUCACAGCAUGUUCGAAAUCGUCAUAGGAGGCUGGCGAAACACCCAGUCCGUCAUCAGAAACAGGAAGCAAGGACCAAAUCUUGCUUCU